AUGGUAACUUAUGUUAAACCUGAGGAACUCUUGUUAGGAAAACGGAGAAGAGUCGUAAAGGGUGUUAUCAAAACAAUAUCAGAUUUCGGGUACAUAGUUCCGUUCAAAAAGAAUUUAGAAAAUCUUUUGAAUAUGCCUGAAAUGUUUAAUUUCAUUAAAACGCCACAUAAGUCUCCCGAUGAUUUUGUGCACGAUGUAUGCGACGGGGAAUACAUACAAGGCAACACAUUGUUUAAUGAUCACCCGAGUGCCAUUCAGAUAGCUUUAAGCACUGAAAUUGUCAAUCCUCUUGGCACAAAUAUAAAGAAACACAAGAUCUCUUUAUACUACUUUUCUAUACUAAAUAUCCCUCCUCAAUUUAGAUCCAGGAUCAACUCAAUUCAACUUCUCGCUAUAGCUAAAAGCAAACUAGUUAAGUUCCACGGCGCCACCAAAUUGUUGUUAAAUGACUUCAUAAGUACUGUUAACCAAAUGUCCACUUCUGGAUUACGUUUGAUCAUAAACAGAGAAGAAAGGGUCAUUUUUGGGACUCUCGUCCUCGUGUCGGCGGAUACACUGGCAGCUCAUGAGUUAGGUCAAUUUAAAGAGGGCGUAGCUUUUGCAUUGAAGUGCUGCAGGCAUUGUAACAUUGAAACUGAAUUUCUCCGUACAACAAUCACUGAGUCCGAGUGCCAUUUACGAGAUACAAUCACACAUAGGGACAGAUUUAAAGUAUUUACCUUUCAAAAUAAAUUUCAGAUUAUAUACAAACUAUCGCUGAAAUUGGGAAUUCCCAAAAUUGAAAGAAUAUCUGAAAGAUUAAACAAACUUUUGGCAGCAAUUGAAAAAAUUAUGAAAAGGAGUGCUGUGGAGGAUGACCCUUGGCGUUUCUUCCAUGCCAUCCGUUUUAUUGAAGACGAGAUUAAAAAUGGAAAAUCUGAAUCUUUAAUACGUGUAACUACGGAAUACAACGAAAAUGAAAUAGAGAAACAUCUACAGACUAAAGAAAACCAGCCCUUGUUUCUACAAAUAUUCACGAGUAGUGACAAAAUAGAGGGCAUGUACUUGUGUGGGGAUAGAAGCAUAAUAGAAACGGGUGUUAAAGGGGGUGUUCUAGGUGCCAUUUUCAAAUUGAUGGCUGCAUAUUAUAUAUUUGACAUCAACUACCCUAAAAAAUACGCGAUGUUGAUGGCCAUAAUUCAAGCCGUGGUUUUUGAAGAACCCUUCUCAAAGACCACAAACAAAUUUAAAUUCCUUUUAAAACAAAUUGAAAAACAAAUGUCAUCAAUGUCAGAUUAA